ACGCGUGCUGACACUGACUGAAAGCCGACCGGGGCGGCGGGGCGGGCAGUGGGGCACACAGGGGAGCUAGGAUCAGCAGCAGGCAUGGAGACGAUCGCUCAGCGCCGAGCGGCUGGUCUGUAGAGGACGGUACUUGGGUGCUGUGAGACUCGCCAGUGUUCCUUUCAAGGAAGGGUGGUUAGAGUCGCAACAUGGCCCUGCAGAAGAAGAAGGAGUUCGGCAGCACGAGCAGCAUCGGCAGCCGCGGCAGCCUCUCCAACCUGCUCAAGGACGGCGUCGAUAACCUGGAAGACUCGGUCACCAAAAAGUGGCUCUCCUGGAUACUGCGGAGGCACGUGCGGAGCAGUGUGGGCAGGAUCAGCACAGACGAGGCGAAUGGUCUGGCCGAUACGGCGGCCCAACUGGCCAGGGAGCUGGUCUGCGCCGAGGGACUCGACGUCCUCAAACUGGACGACCAGGAGACUCUCUACCAUGACUCGUUUCUGUUUUUCCGAUUCACGGCGUCUCUGGCGUUCCGGGCGACGUCCGUCUCGGGCCUGGAGUCCCUGCGGCGACAGGGAGACGCCAUAUUGGAGCUGGACGGAGACUGGCUCACGCUGCAGACGGCGCUCACAGUCGACCUCAUACAGUGCCGCUCCGUCUGCUCUGCCAAACUGCUCGACAUCGGACCCCGGUUCGAGCUCAGAGGUCAGCUCGACUCGGCCACGAUCAAGACGAAGGCGCGUAUCAACACGGCCACCACGCAGGUCAUCGUCUGCACCUGCGAGAUCGUCCAUCUUGGUGAGCUGUCGAUCAGCGAGUCGGGUGACGUGUUCCGGGUGCUGCCCGCCUGGCCCGGUGACCCGGAGGAGGCCGACGGCGCCGCGCCGUUCCCCUUCACCUCGCUACUCGCCGUGGUCAGCGAGCUGUUCGCCUGGCGCUGUCGGGACCAGGUGACGUGCCUGCUGGAGGCCGAGGCACCGCGCGUCCUCCGCGAGGCCCUGCAGCGCACCGACCUCGCCGCCGUGGUCUCCAGCUUCGGCAGGAGCUACUUCAGGAGUGCCGUGGAGGCGGGACUGCGGCGAGACUCGGGCGCGGGCGGCGGCGCCAGUCGGGAGAGCGUGUCGACGGCAGUGGCCGCGAGUGAGCCGGACAAACAGUGAGGCGUGAGGGCACCACAUGGAACUGGUGUGAGGACGCUCAGGGCUGGACUUUAAGCAUAACUUCUUCUAUGGGAAGAUGCUCGUAACUUUGCAGCGUUUCUUUGAUAUAGACGAUGUUUUUGAAGAUUCCUCUAGGCUCUAGCUAACCGACUGUGUGUGUGCAUUUGUGCAUUGCUCUCCUCGUGUGUAGAAACAUACCUAUCUCUUGUUUUGGUGUACUGAUGGCCAAUUUUGACGUCUUUUCUGGUGUUUU